AUGUCUCCCAAAAAGGCUCGCCUGAGUGGCCUGUCUUCCACAGAACCCGUGAAACCAUCGGACAAACAAUCCUCGCUCGAAGAUUUACGGGAGACCAUCCAACGUCGGUACCAAUUCACCGAGCCGGGCGACGCCAAAGAAAAGGACAAGAAGAAGAGUCGCAAUAAAGUUCAUGGGACGGAGGCGGAACGCGGUAAAAAGCGUGAUCGCAAAGGGAGAGUCCUCGGCCAAGCACACCAGCAUGAAGUCCCGCAGGACGAACGCAUUGAGGCAGAAGCAGGACAGUCAGAGGACGGCCUCUUGGAGCAGGAAAUGAAAGCUCUUGGUGGCACGGCUGAAGAUCUGGCACUCGUCGCAGAUGCAGACUCCGAGUCAGAGGUCGAAGGAACCAUCCCGGAGGCGGACCUGGAGAAAUUAGACAAGGGAAUGAGAAAUAUCCUUAAAGAGAUCGCCCUCGCCCAAGGAGAAGGCCGCGACGAAGAGGACGUCUCCGCUGACUCCGAAGGAGACGACGGUGAUAUCCCGGCUCCGGCGGUCGCAGAAUCAAAAACUGCUAGAGAACAACAGGCAGAGAAGAAUGGAUGGGGCAACAAAACGAGGCUGAUCUGCGAACCACAACCAGACUGGUACAACAUCCCUGGCCCAGAAGUGGACGAAACAAGAGAGCCCAUAUACAUCCUGGCUAAGGAGUCUCUUGACGAACUCUACAAAUAUGCAAAGGUUCUUCUUGACGACGACAACCAAAAGUUCAAGGAGUCGCAGCAGUCAUCAUCCGCCAAUGCAUUUUACAACACUGUCAUUUCAUCAGGAACCUUAUCGGACAAGAUAUCAGCCCUGACCUUGGCCGUCCAGGACUCUCCUAUCCACAAUAUGAAAGCUCUCGAGACUUUGAUCGGCCUGGCUCGAAAACGCAGUCGGUCUCAAGCCGUCGACGUGCUCCGCGCGCUCAAAGACCUUUUCGCUCAAGGCUCACUUCUCCCCGCAUCGAGAAAGCUUUACGCGUUUCACGACCAGCCUGCCUUUAUGUAUCUAGAAGCGAGAUCUUGGAAAAGAGGGAAAAAUCUGCCCCGUCGCCUCGAGCAAAAACAUUUGAUAUCUUGGGCUUUCGAAAGCUGGCUGAAAGGGCAGUAUUUUGAAGUGCUCAAGAUCCUCGAAGGAUGGUGCAACGACGAGAUUGAAUUCUCCAAGGCUCGCGCCGUCAGCUACGUCUUCGAGUUGCUCAAGGAAAGGCCAGAACAGGAAUCAAACCUGCUACGCCUCCUGGUCAAUAAGCUGGGCGACCCCGUCAAGAAAAUCGCCUCCCAGGCUUCUUAUUCGCUUCUGCAGUUGCUGCUAGCCCAUCCUGCCAUGAAAAUUGUGGUUGUCCGCGCCAUCGAGACAGACUUCAUCUUCAGGCCUGGACAAACCCUGCAUGGGAAAUACUACGCCGUGGUUACUCUCAACCAGACAGUGUUGAGUGCAAGGGAGGAAGAUGUAGCGACGAAGCUACUCGACAUCUAUUUUGGACUGUUUACUGACCUUUUAAAAACCGACAAGGGGUCCGCAAAGGACGAACCUGAUACAAACCUUGUGGAGGGCAGAGGUCGCAGGAAGAAGAACAGAAAGGUCCAGGAGCAACGUGGCCAACACCAGGCUGAGGAACUUCGCGAGAAACUCAUCUCGGCGAUCCUCACUGGCGUCAAUCGGGCAUACCCUUAUACCAGCAACAGCGGCAAUAGCACCACAGCGUUUUCCGAUCAUCUCGACACGCUCUUCAGAAUCGCCCACUCGGCGAACUUCAAUACGAGCAUCCAAUCCCUCUUGCUCAUCCAACAGAUCUCCCAUUCGUCACAGCACAAAGCGUCAAGUGACCGCUUCUAUCGAGUAUUAUACGAAUCUCUUCUAGAUCAGCGCCUGAUCACCGCGUCGAAGCAACAACUCUACCUCAACUUGCUACACCGUGCUCUCAAGGCAGACUUGAGCGUGAAGAGGGUAAAGGCGUUUGUCAAACGGCUUGUGCAGGUCUUGAGUCUGCAUGAACCGCCUUUCAUCUGUGGCGCUUUUUUCUUGAUUCAAGAUCUCGAGAAGACAUUUCCUUCGCUGAAGGCCUUGACCGACGAGCCAGAGGAUCACGAAGGAGACGACGUUGAGGUAUUUCGGGAUGUCGUGGAUGAAGAGGAUGGGAAACCAACUGAUUCAGGUGCCACGAAUGGUGUCUCGGAAUCAGCGCAGUCGCAGCGAGGACAUGUCUACGACGCCCACAAACGCGCCCCAGAACAUGCCAACGCCGACAACGCAUGUCUCUGGGAAGUCCUCCCUUUUCUCGCCCAUUUCCAUCCUUCUGUCUCGGUCAGCGCCGACCACGUACUGCGCCACCAGCCUCUCCCCGGGAAACCUGAUCUCACCUUACACACGCUUUCGCACUUCCUCGACCGCUUUGUGUACCGCAACCCGAAGCUAUCGAGCUCGGGUCUCAGAGGGAGCAGCAUCAUGCAACCCAUGGCGACGGACAAUUCGCACGCUGUCCUCAUUGCGGGAACGGUGAACGGGAAGAAGGACAUGCCAGUGAACAGCGAGCAGUUCAGGCUGAAGAAGAGCGACGACGUUGCCGCCGAGGAUGUUUUCUUCCACCAAUACUUUACGAGUCUGAAGAGCAAGGGCGACAAGAAGGACAAGCAGAAGGGGGAGAAGAAGAAGAGACGUGAUGCCGACGACGACGUGGACGAGUCGGACGCGGACGAGGAUGAAAUCUGGAAGGCUAUGAUGCAGAGUGCGCCAGAUCUAGAGGGUGACGAGUUCGAGGACGAUGAUGAUGUGGACCUCGACCUGGCGGAUUUGGAAUCGGAUGACGACGGAGCAGUUGAAGACGGGGACCUGAGCGGGUUGGAGGGCGGUGAUGACGAUGAUGAUGAUGAGGGUGUUGACAUCGAUCCCGCAUUCUUCGACGAGGACGAGGAUGAUCUCAUGGUGGACGCUGAGGAGGCCGACUCUGACGACGCCGGCUCCGACUUUGCAGGAUUCGACUCGGACAGCGCUGCCGCACAACCUGCAGCGAAGAAGAAGAAGGGCAAGCACCAACAACAAGAGGACGAGGACCAUGGCCGCAGCAAGAACCCCAAGAAGACGGCACGGUCGAAGCUGAAGAACCUUCUCACCUUUGCUUCGGUGGAAGACUAUGCGAAGAUGCUCGAGGACGACGAGGACGAGGAUGUCUAG